AUGCACUCUCCCAAGAAAAAAAAAAACCUCUCUAGCAAUACACACCAAACUGAGCAUGUGCAGAGUGAUCCCACAAGAUAUGUCUUAUCUGGAGAUAAGAGGGGGACACUGGAAGAAGGGGAGGAUCAGAGAAGACAGGAAAAAAACACCCUUUUUACACAAUGCAGAGGAUUACUCCUUAGGGUUCCACAGUGAGUAUAACAAGCAUGCUUUACUGCUCAGGGGCGGACUGACAUCUCAUGGGGCCCCCGGGCAAUAGGGGAUCAUGGGGCCCCUGUGUCCUUGCCCAAACUCAAAAAAGCCUAU